AUGUCAGAUCUGACCUUGAACUCCAUCUGGGAACCAAUCUCGGGUAGUGACGACAAACUUGUGCGAUUGGAUUGGUCAGAGAGGGUUCCGGGCUACGAAUGGGAAGAUCCCCGUCCAUGGCUUCUGGAAGCUGUCCGCAAUGGUUUGAUUGCGCCCUCAGGCCCUGUUCUUGUAGCAAUUGAGUCAAUCGACAACCUUUCCCAAGAUAUUGGCUCUGUCUCGCAGACGUACAUCUUCCUUCGUUCUCUUCUUGCCCUGGUGGUCGAAAGACCGAAUCCGUCCCGUCUCAUAAUCACUCUCAGCUCUUCCUCUCCACUUUUACCUCAGCUUAUUCCUCCCUCUUUCUCCUCGACGUUGACCUCGGUGGCGCUUCACUCGCCGAUCCUAAUCCGUCACCUCGCAGAAUCGUACCUCACGUAUCCCCCACCCCUUUGUCCUCCAGAGAAGUUCUGGGCAAUGUUCUCGCCUGCUGUGGCUCGAGGAGAGUCAGAUCAGCUUGCAUUCUCCGGCAUUGCUACCCAAAUUUUAGGCAAGGGCAUUGCGUAUGAUGGCCGUGAUCCUUUUAGCGGAAUUGCCGAUGUGACCAUACGUGGCCCUAGUGUUUCUGCUAGUGCCAGGGGAAGUAGUCGCGUGCAUAGAGCCGUUGAGCGUUCGCUGGAAGGAUGGAUGUUCGACCAUGAAUCAGGGAAUGUCAAGAAUAUCCCUUGGGACCAAUUGCCUAUUCUGCAAAAUAUGAGGUCGCAUACAAAAGUGAUCGGCGAAGGGAAGGUGGCAGGUGAACACCGGGACAUGAAUACACUCUCAUUCAACCUGAGCCUGACAGAUGCACAAGCAGCCGCUCGAGCUGAGGUCCCGCUUCCCUAUGCUCAUGAAGGAAAAAUCCCGGAGGGGCAGGGCCAAAUCAUCUACGAUCCCGAUUCUGCGGAUGAUUUGGAUGAUGAUGAUCCAGACGAAGACUUGGAUAUCUAA